CUUAAAAACCUUCGAUGAAUGGUUUGUAAGCCAAGAAUACCUGUAAUAAUAAUGAUGUAACCAUUUUGAUUGAAAAGCAAGAUUAAAAAAAUAACACUGCUGCCUCAUGCAAGAUUCUAACAAUUACAAAUCUUAUGCCGUUUCCACUGCAAUUCCUACAUUCAUUUGUUUUCUUAAAUUCUGCAGAAACUGAAAAAACAAAUGAAAGAAUGUGAAGAAACAUAAUGCAAGGACAAUUUUUCCCCAGAUCAUCAUUUGUUACCUCCUGGAUGUAAAAUUACGGGGGCAUCUGCUUUGCUUUGGUUCUGGACUGGACUGGAGUGAAUGUACUACAGCUGCUGCUUCUGCCUCCAAGAAGUAAGAAUGUCUAAGCCCUUGGAACUGGAGAAGGUGCGCCUGGAGCUGCAAGAAGACCACACAGAUACAGAAAGAAAUGGACCUGACACAAACCAUCAGACUCAGCAGAGCAAACCUUCUCCGUUCUCCCCAUCCCCAACCAUCACGGGCACCAAGAUCAAAGCUGAAGACUCUACAGAAAUGCCUCCAGCUCCAGCCCCAGCUCCAGCCCCAGCCCCAGCUCCUCAAGCUCAGCAGCCGCACCUACCCCAGGCUCAGCUCAUGUUAGCGGGCAGCCAACUUGCUGGGCUGACUGCCCUGAUGCCCGCCCAACAGCAGCUGCUCCUGCAGCAGGCGCAAGCACAGCUUUUGGCGGCUGCUGUACAGCAAUCUAACGCUGCUGCUGCCGCCGCCGCCUCCGCCUCCUCUCAGCAACCUGGGGCUGAACUGCCAGCACCACAGAGCCAGCCCCAGGCGCCCCAGCUGGCCUUGUCCCAACCAAUCCAACUCACGGCACAGGAUAUCCAGCAGCUGCUGCAGCUCCAGCAGUUAGUCCUUGUCCCAGGGCACCCUCUCCAGCCACCUGCACAGUUCCUGCUGCCACAGGCCCAGCAGGGACAGCAAGGGCUGCUUCCGACACCAAAUUUAUUUCAGCUACCUCAGCAGAAUCCAGGGAGCCUCCUGCCGAACCAGCCUCGUGCAGGACUCCCAGCACAGCAAGUGACUCGGCCUGGCCUCCCCGAGUCCCACCUCACUCACUCACAGCCGCCCAAAUGCCUGGAGACCCCUUCUCACCCUGAGGAGCCCAGCGACCUGGAAGAGCUGGAACAGUUUGCUCGCACCUUCAAACAACGGCGCAUCAAACUGGGCUUCACGCAGGGUGAUGUGGGGUUGGCUAUGGGGAAGCUUUAUGGGAAUGACUUCAGCCAAACAACCAUCUCGCGCUUUGAGGCACUGAACCUCAGCUUCAAGAACAUGUGCAAACUCAAACCACUUCUGGAGAAAUGGCUGAAUGAUGCUGAGACAAUGUCCGUGGACUCCACGCUUCCCAGCCCCAACCAGUUGAACAGUCCCAACCUUGGCUUUGAUGGGCUGCCAGGCCGACGUCGCAAGAAACGGACUAGCAUUGAGACCAAUGUCCGCUUUGCAUUGGAAAAAAGCUUUCUAGCGAACCAGAAGCCUACCUCAGAGGAGAUCUUACUUAUUGCCGAACAGUUGAACAUGGAGAAAGAGGUGAUUCGUGUCUGGUUCUGCAACCGCCGCCAGAAGGAGAAACGGAUCAACCCUUGCAGCUCUGCUCCCAUUUUGCCUGCCCAGAGCAAACCUGCUGGCUACAGUCCUCACAUGGUGACCAGCCCAGGCACCGGCACAGGUUUGCCCCUCUCCCAGGCUUCCAGUAGUCUGAGCACAACAGUUACUACCUUGUCCCCAGCAAUCUGCUCCCUAACCCCCAGUCGGACAGCGGUUGGAGCAGGGGGCACCGCCCUCAACUCGGUCACGCCACCCCCAAGCAACAGCACAAAUCCCAGUCCCCAGAGCAGCAGCCAUCCAGCUCUCAGCUUGCAAGGCCUGAAUCCCAGUACGGGAAGCACAGUGCUAGGGGUGAAUGCAGGGUUAAACCCAGCGCUAAUGGCCACCAACCCUCUGGCCACCAUACAAGCCCUGGCCAGUGGUGGAAGCCUGCCAAUUACCAGCCUUGAUGCCAGUGGUAACUUAAUCUUGGGUACCACCGCAGGCACAACUGGAAGCCAGAGCAUCGUGACCUCGCCGCUCUUCCUCAACCACGCGGGCCUGCCUUUGCUGAGUGCUGCCCCCGGAGGCGUGGGGCUGGUGUCAGCAGCUGCUGCCGUAGCUGCUUCUAUGCCUAGCAAGUCCCCUACCCUGACUUCCUCCUCCUCCUCUUCCUCUUCCUCCUCCUCUUGUUCCUCAUGCAGCUCCUCCAGUGACAUGGCGCAGACAAUGGGGCAAGUUGGACCCGGAUCCACUGAACCGGAUGCCAAGACGGAGUGAGGACUCAGGCGCAUGCAUCCACGCUGCCUUUUCUGACAUGGCGGGGGUAGCCCGGAGUGGACGUACAAACCGACACAUGAAACCAAAAAAAAAAAAAAACCAAGCAAACCAAAACCACCAAAACCAAACAUAGAAAUGUCAGCAACAGCCAAACGAAAACAAAAAACAAAAAAACCAACAACCAAAAAAUAAGCAAAGAAGCAAAGCAAAAAGGGGGGGGGGGAAAAGGAAGAAACCAAAAAACAAAAGUUCCCCAAACCUUUGGCAUUCAUUUGUUUUUCCCCUCUGCAAAAGGUGACAGUCGAUGGUCUGUUUGAUUUUUUUUAAUGAUUUAUCUUUUUUUUUCAUCUGCUCGUUUCCUGGACAGUAUCAGAAGGGAAACCAAUAAAUGGGGAUAUUUUUUUUGUAAAAAAAAAAAAAAGAAAAAGAAAAAAAUACUUUUAAAAGAACCUUUAAAAAUCCUUAAGGGGAAUACAGAUCUCACACCAAAAAUCACCAGUUCUAGCUUCACCCAAAGCUUUUUACAAACUUUUCUAUCUUCAGUGUCUGGUCGAAUGUCUUUCAAAAUGCUUUUAUUUAUUCUUAUUUAUUCUUUCUCUUUUCCUUGGAUCCGGAAAGGGUUGGGCAGGAAAAGAAUGGAUUGAUUUAAUUUCAGGAUCUUCCUAUAAAUAUUUUCUUUAUUUUUUAAAUGGUUAACAAA